AGAGCCUCCUCGGAGUCCAAGUCCCCAGGAGAAAACAACUUCUCCGACUUCGGGAUUUGAUCUGCAGAGAGCAAAGACCAUUUCCUGCAGCUUUGGGACACAAGAUGAGUCCGGGAACCUGCUUUUCUGGCCUGUCCGGGAUCCGGACGAGAGUCCUGCCACCCCCUCCUUGGGCACUGGAGGGCGCCGGCGUCACACCACUGCCAGCCUGCUGGGGAAGCCGGCCAUGGAGGCCAGCCUGGGCGCUGCACCGCCUGCCUUCCUGUCGCCGCCAUGGGGCUGACUCCCCAUGAUGCCCAGGGCCACCGUCAAGCUCAUCAUAACCGGAGAUGAUUUUGGCUACUGCCCGCGGAGAAACCAAGGCAUCGUGGAGUGCUUCCUCACCGGCGCCGUGUCCAACGUGUCCCUUCUGGUCAACGGUGCCGCCGUGGUGGACGCGGUUCAGCUGGCAAGGAGGCAUCACAUCCCGAUUGGGCUUCACGCCAACCUUUCUGAAGGCUCUCCGGUUUGCCCAGCCCUGAAGGAGUCCUCCUCGCUGCUCAACGCGGAAGGCUUCUUCCAUGGGAAAAUGGGGAUCCGGAGGGCGUUAGCAGAAGGCCGUCUGAACAUGGCUGAGGUCAAGCAAGAACUCACAGCCCAAGUGGAGUUGUUCCGUGAGCUCACCGGCCACUUGCCCUACCAUAUGGAUGGACACCAACAUGUCCACGUUCUCCCAGAUCAGCUUGGCCGAUUGUCAGGAAUUCUGGGAGUUGACAUCUAAAACAUUUGGAAGGACCAGAGUUUGGGAAGCGCAGCACAAGAUGCUUUUAGAACCUGAUGGGGAAGAAAUGUCAGCAAACACAAGGAGUGGUUUGCCAAAAGGUAGAGUUGGCUUCAAGGCACAGAACCCAAUUGUGCCUCUUCCCAGUAAUGCUUUUUCUGGAGUGACACAGCUGCUGGCCUCCUUGAACGCAUCUUUGAUGGCAGACCUAUGACGGCGAGGUGGUGCUUAGCACACUCCCACUCUCUUUAUUGAGCUGCGUCAAUAACGGUCUGGUCCUGCCAUUCCCGUCUCCUGUUAGGCAGGAAAGGGUUAAUCUAUAACACUUGUAAAUCUGCCAACAGCUGCUUCAGAUCAAGUUACCUGUCUUGAUAAAGUUGUCUUGUGUUUCCUUGCUUUCUGGGUCAGGGGCAGCUGUUUUGGUGACAACUGCAAUCGCCUGCCUUGCGUUCCAUAGAAGCCGUACAUGUGAGGCAGAACCAAAUGCCCAAUACUUUUGGGAAGGUUUGGACCACAACUAGAUCCCCACCAAAGAACGUUUCCAAAAUCUGGCUGACUCCCGCUCUCAGGAGACCCUUGGCACGGUGCCCCCCAAGACUUACCUGGCAGCACUGUUCCUGGCAUUAAUGCUAGACGGUUUCCAUGUUUGUUUUGUCCAAUGUCUUGGGUACUGGUUCUGGUGUUAUGGAUACUGUGGGAAAUUCAGCCCCAGUAGAAAGGAUCCUGUUGUCCAGUUUUCCCAUAUGUAGCCUCUUGCUUGAAUAUAGGUCUCUCACUAGCAUGGUACCUGCACCCCACAACCAAUGUAUCACUAGUUACCAUUUAUACUCAUGUAUAAGUCUACCUCAAGUAUAAGUCGAGGGCAGAUACAAGUACAAUUCAAUUUAAGUCAGAAAAGGUACUUUUUAAAGUGUUACUGCAUCAAUAAAAUAUAAUCUUUAACUAGCAUUGGGAAGGGUUAACACACCUGUUUGUUUUGCUAUCUGCAUCUCUGUUCAGAAGAUUUCACAUCACUUUCUGUCCCUGUGAUCACUGGAUUUUGAAAAAUUUGAAAACAAGGAUUGAUGAGAAAGCUUCAGUGAAGACCCCUUUUCUCCAUUAUAACUCAGGAGUGAAUUUCUCUCACUUCCUGUUGUCUCACCCCAUUUGUAACUAUGAGUCAUUUGUAACUCAGGGACUGCCUGUAUUAGGAAAACUACCAGAGGUGUAGUUUUUGCACCAAAAAUGCACUCCCCGCUUUCCUGUUUUUGCUCUUGCUUCAACAGAUGGGAGUCAGAACAUCUUCCUACAAUGUUAGAGGUGAAGCUCUUGAGAGGAAAGGGGUGGACUCUGGUCCAUCCGUUUGGUUGGAAAUUUCCCAGUGACACUGGGGAAAGUUUCCCAAAGUCCAACCCCUGAAAAAAGGAAAUUUUCACUGAGCUUUGGUUCCUCUCUGCAGUGUAAAGUCAGUGCACAUGUUUGGGAGAAUGUGGUAAAUCUUGAACUCAUUUUGAUGAAGAGUUUCAGAACAGCCAGAAAUGGGAGGGCAAAGAUGUGAAUGUGCCCACCACUCCCGCUCUCAACUCUUCCUUCAAAGCUGGCAACAUGAUAGCAAAAUCUUUUGAGACAGUCUAGUGGAGGUGUGUAGAAGCCACCUGACUCACGGGUUGGAGUUUGUAAUACCACCCAGCAUUUGCUGCAUGGAUAGCUUGAGUUUAACAUUCGAGUAACUUUCCCCUUGUUUACUUUUC